GCAGGAACCAGUGAACUUUAAACGAAAAACAUGGCGUCAGUUAAAGAAAGAAAAAAGACCCUGAAACUAACACUGCCCAUUCAAAAAGGAUCCGCUUUAUCUCCUCCAGUUGAAAAAUUAGACGGUGUAACUUCUCCUUCAGUUGCAAAUGUAGACGGCGUAACCUCUCAUCCAGUUGAAAAUGUAGACGGCGUAACUUCUCCUUCAGUUGCAAAUGUAGACGGCGUAACUUCUCAUCCAGUUGAAAAUGUAGACGGCGUAACUUCUCCUCCAGUUGAAAAUGUAGACAGCGUAACUUCUCCUCCAGUUGCAAAUGUAGACGGCGUAACUUCUCCUCCGGUUGCAAAUGUAGACGGCGUAACUUCUCCUCCAGUUGCAAAUGUAGACGGCGUUACUUCUCAUCCAGUUGAAAAUGUAGACGGCGUAACUUCUCCAGUUGCAAAUGUAGACGGCGUAACUUCUCCACCAUUUGCAAAUAUAGACGGCGUAACUUUUCCUCCAGUUGCAAAUGUAGACGGCGUAACUUCUCAUCCAGUUGCAAAUGUAGACGGCGUAACUUCUCUAGGUGCAAAUGUGGACGAUUUUACUGGUCAAGAAGAGGAUUUAACUGCUCCUGACAAAGGCAAAACUCGCGUCACGUGGAUCGGACACGCAACUCUGCUCGUUGAAUUUGAUGGAAUAACCGUUCUGACUGACCCCGUGUUUGGGUCUCACGCCGCGCCACGUCAGCUUUCAAUUAUGCCAUACAAGCGGUAUCGGCCGGCCGCCUGUCAAGUGGUCGACAUCCCCCAUCUUGAUGCUGUAAUCAUCAGUCACGAUCACUAUGAUCACCUUGAGACGAACGCGGUGUUAGCUAUACAUGCUAGAUUUCCUGAUGUACAUUGGUUUGUCGCUUUGAGUACGAAAGAAUGGUUGGUAAAGAAAGGAUGUACAGCUGAAAAUAUAACAGAAUUAGAAUGGUGGCAGGAGGCGACGUAUGGCAAAAUACGUUUUGUGUGUACGCCGAGCCAACAUUGGUGUCAACGGUCUCCUUUUGAUCUAAAUUCGCGUUUGUGGUGUAGCUGGCUCAUACAAGGACCCACACAAACGUUUUACUUCGCCGGGGACACGGGCUACUUCGAACCGCUGUUUAAAGCCAUAGGCGAGAGAUAUAAGAAAAUCCACCUCGCGGCCAUUCCAAUCGGGGCAUAUAACCCAAGGUUCAUAACCGAGUAUCAGCACGUGGAUCCUGAGGAAGCUGUUUUAAUUCAUGAGGACAUAAAAAGUGAUACGUCUAUUGGAAUUCAUUGGGGAACGUUUCAGCUAACAAAUGAGCAUUACCUGGAGCCCCCUCACAGACUUAAGAAAGCUAUGAAAGACCGCAACUUAGACCCAAACAAGUUUGUAUGUCUGAAUAUCGGAGAAACGUGGAUUGUGGGAGACGACAGGGAGGAGCCUAACUUUAUGAAAGAAAACGUCAAAAUAACGACUGAGGACAGUUAAAAACAUAACUAUUUAACCCAACUUAUGUUUAAAAAGAUCGUUUUGGUGAAUUCAAACAUUUGUAUUUCCUAGCAUGACUCUCAGUAUUUAUUUUUUAGUUCACUAUAUUAAGAUGCGUAAAAUGUCUGUUGAAAUUUGCAACCCUUUUAGAAGCUUUAGUUGUGUUGCACAAUAUGUGGCCAUGUUUUAAUAUUAUCACACUUUAAAACAAAUAUAUAAGAUACAUUAAGCUUACACUUAUAGUUAAAUAAAACAAAGCAUUGACAUAUAA